CCCGCACCGGACAGUACUGUCGCGACCACGCUCACACGCCGCCACGCCGCCGUCGCUCUAUUCGCAACUACUCGCAGAAACCACUGCCGCGAUCGUAUAAUACCAAAUCUGACAGUUAUAGAUAACAAGUAACAACGCAUCAGAAGAUAUGUUCAAACUUUUUAUGUUUAAAUAAAUAAAUAUCGGUUGAAAACUACUAGAAAAAAUAGGAGUUAAAGUAACUUUUUAGUUGAGUUAAUAACAUAGUGGUAGAAUUAAAAGACGUAAUUUGGUGAUGUGAUAUGGCCGAGCGAAGGUAUCUAAGGGUUUGGGCAAGGGCGCGAAGCAUCUCGUCUGUUGUAGUGGGAUGCGCGUGGGCAUGCGCGGUAUUCACGUUUGUGUCUGCAGACGCGCAUGCCGAUGUCGACACCUCCACAGGCCUCGGCGAUAAUACUUUGACCAAUACAGUUGUGGAGGAACCCGAAUUCACAGAUGUUAUUCAAAAUGUCACUGUACCGGCCGGGCGGAGCGUGCGCCUCGCGUGUUCUGUCAAGAAUCUUGGCUCGUAUAAGGUGGCAUGGAUGCACUUUGAACAGUCAGCGAUUUUGACAGUGCACAACCACGUGAUCACGCGCAACCCUCGCGUGAGCGUCACUCAUGAUAAGCACCGCACGUGGUUCCUGCACAUCUCCGACGUGCGAGAGGAAGACCGCGGCCGCUACAUGUGCCAGAUCAAUACAGUCACCGCCAAAACGCAGUUCGGAUACUUGCAUGUUGUUGUGCCCCCGACGAUUGACGACUCGUUGAGCUCAAGCGACGUUAUCGUCCGAGAGGGGGCGAACGUCACUCUGACGUGCCGCGCUAAUGGCUCUCCUAAGCCCAACAUAAAGUGGAAACGAGACGACAACUCAAAAAUCUCCAUCAGUAAGGGACAUUCCGUUUCGGAGUGGGAAGGCGAAGUAUUGGAGAUGACGAGGAUAUCGAGGUUGGAUAUGGGUGCUUAUCUUUGUAUCGCGAGCAAUGGAGUGCCGCCAACCGUUUCGAAACGAGUGAAAGUCAGCGUUGAUUUUCCCCCUAUGCUUUGGAUACCACAUCAACUAGUCGGCGCACCUCUUUAUUAUAACGUCACAUUAGAAUGCUUUACCGAAGCUCAUCCAACUUCAUUAAAUUAUUGGACUCGAGAUGAUGGUCAUAUGAUCCACGAAAGUCCAAAAUAUCAUAUGGAAAACACAGUCGGUGUACCGGCUUACAAAACUCACAUGAAAUUAUUGAUCCGUCAUAUUAAUACAGAAGAUUAUGGAACUUAUAAAUGUGUAGCUAAAAAUCCGAGAGGAGAAUCAGAUGGAACAAUUCGCUUAUAUACAUCUUCUCCUCCUACAACUACACCAGAUCCUCGUGCAAUGACAGUUCCCCCACCGUCCAGACCACCUCGCCGUGACACCCCGCUUACUGACAAAGGAAAUAAAUAUCAGUCAAACUUGAACGAAAUAGACAAAGGUAAACAGAAAACUGAUGAAGGCGGCGGGAAGACGCAUUUUAACUGGGUGGAGGGCGCAUCACAGGUCACCGGUAAAGCCGACUGGAGCAGGAGCAAUAUUCACGUAUUGUUUCUUAUCGUUUUACCUUUUAUGUACUUAUUUGAGUAAUUGAUGUUAAUUACUUAAAAACAAUCCAAAUCCGCUGUCCAUUUUAUAUAGCACUUUAGGAAAAAUGUCGGAUUACACGUUUGAUUUGAGAUACAUGAUAAAACUUUCACUAAAGUAUAUUUGAUACGGAGUGUUAUCAGUGACAUUAAAGUCAAAAAAUAUUUAUUAAGUAAACUCACUGUUUUCGAUGAUUAGAACUGGGACAUCACUAUAUACCUACAUUUAAAAAUUUAUCAAAGUCAUAUCUAUGGCUUUGCCUUUUAUACUGUUAAAAUGACAAAACACAUGAAUUUCAAGGAGGUAGUAUAUCAGAGCGAUAAUUAGAUUACCUAUAAGCGCACUAGGGGAAAUAUAAGUUAAUAGAAUCUGAGCUUAGGGCUUUUGACCAAAAUCAGCUGUCCGCAAACAAAUCAUGUUAAAAGAAUAUUACCUACAAAUGUUAGUAAUAAAAUUAUUAUACUUGAAAACAGGUAAAUUAGGUUUAAAAUAUAUGAAAAUGUAGGCACAUCAUAAGAUAUAAGAAUCAUAAGUUACAUAACCAAACGAUAUCCAUACGUACGUUGUUGAUAAUUAUUAUACGUAUAUUAUAGGUAUUAUAAUAAUGAUGUACAACAGUUCCUUGAACUAAUGUUGCCGUUCAGCAGAAUGUCCCAAGGCAUUCGAAUGUCGAACCUCAUGGUAUCACAAGCAGCCACAGCCCACAGCCCACAGCGCCGGCACAGGCUACUUGUAGCUGUCACUUGUUACUCUCAUCUAUAGGUAUUCUGCUCAACAGCGAAUAGUAAUAAAAUUCACUGCACACAUAAUAUUAAUAUAAAAUACAAAGUGCACUAUUAACUAUAGUCAUUUUAUUUUAAUAUACAGAUAGAGUAAGACUGAAUGAAUUUUAAAAUGUGUCAUUAGAGAGUGAAUAUGUAUUUCAAAGUUAUUUUACAUGCUUGGAAACCUCGUGUACGCUGUGAUAAAAUAUAUUGAUUGAAUUGAUGACAUUUCAAAAAUUAUUAUGUUAUAAUUAUUGUUUUCUUUUUUGAUAUAAUAUACUUGAUGUGUUUCUGAAAGUUCUACUACGCUGCGAGUUGAAUAUUGCGUUGCGCUUUUCAUUUUAAGUGCGUGAAAAGCCACGUUGGUGUGUAUAUUUACAUAAUGUUAUUUCACAUCAAUUUCGUGAUUCGAUAAUAUUUUAUUUUAGAAAGAUAUCUUGUAUUUAUAUUUUGCAGAAAUCCAAGUAUCUUCUGUCAAUUAUAGUUUAUAUAAAUUGUAUGUAAAUGUUAACAUUUAAUCAAGUUGCCAAAACGCUAAAAGUAAGGUAAACGCUACUCAUACAUAGAUAGAAGUGUUGUAAAUAUACUACGUAAGCCAUAGCAAUUGAAUGUGUUUUUAAUAACAGAGUGUAUUAAUUGUUUAAAUUGUGCAUUUAUUGUCUGAUGUAUGGACGAUUGUAAUGUACCUUCGUAACUAAGAAUGAGU